AUGGCUUAUCUUUUAUUGUACGUGGAUGACAUUAUUUUGACUGCAUCUGAACCAAGUUUGUUAGCACGCAUCAUUAGUUCCUUGUCUUCCACCUUUUCCAUGACAGACCUCGGUCAGUUGCAUCAUUUUUUGGGCAUUAUAGCUACACGUGAUAUUAACGGUCUCUUUCUGUCUCAAGCUCAAAACACUAGGGAAAUUUUACAAAGAGCCUCAAUGUCAAAUUGCAAGCCUUGCAGUAUGCCCGUGGACACGUCCACUAAACUUAGGUGCACUACCGGUACACGGUUAACCGAUGGCACGCUAUAUCGUCAACUCGCGGGAGCUCUUCAGGAUCUUACCUUUACUCGACCGGAUAUUACGUAUGUUGUUCUACAAGUUUGCUUAUUUAUGCAUGCACCACGCGAACCUCAUUUUGCAUUCAUGAAGUGCAUCUUACGUUACCUUCAAGGCACUCUUGAUUAUGGUUUACGGAUCACGGCUUCCAAAUCCUUGGCAUUGACCGCCUACUCCGAUGCCGAAUGGGGCGGAUGCCCCAACACAAGACGUUCCACUUCUGGUUAUUAUGUUUUUUGGGAGACAACCUCGUGUCUUGGUCAUGAAAGCGUCAACACACUAUAUCCCGAUCGAGUGCUGAAGCUGAAUAUCGCGGAGUUGCUAAUGCAGUAG